AUGGCUGCCAACGAGUAUUACAAUCACUCAAACACAUCACAUCCACCAACCUAUGACCAGUUUGCCGAUGGGCCAGGGCACAGCGGUCAUCCUGCCCAAGUGAACCCCAACGCGCCCCCUGGAUACACCCUCCCAGGCCCAAGUCACCAGAACGACCCCUCCGCCCCUUAUCACAACCGUCAAAGCCAAUACUCCUUACAAUAUGACAAUGGCGCGUAUGCGCCAGCGGGCAGAGUGCCCGAUGGGGACCACUACGCCGAGAAUAUCCCUCUCAAGGCCCAACCUCAAUAUGGCAACAACCCAGACUGGAUGCACCAACAAACAAAUUAUCCACCUCCCUCUCCAGGAGGGUUGGAGGGCCCACCACGGGUCGUCACCCAAAGGAAGCCAGGCUUCUUUCGAAAGAAGCCGGCGUGGGUGACUUGGGCGCUGACUUUGGCUCAAAUCGCGGUGUUUAUUGUGGAGUUGGUCAAGAAUGCCACUCUUACGGGAUCACCGAUCGAGACAAAACCCUCAUUCAACCCGAUGAUUGGACCCUCUCCUUACAUCCAGAUCUAUAUGGGCGCUCGCUACGACCCCUGCAUGAAGAAUAUCCCCGGCGUGCAAAACUCGAGCGUUUCGAUCAUGUGGCCUUGUCCGAACAGUACCACCACAAAUUCCGAUUGCAGUCUUUCCGACCUCUGUGGGUUCGGCGGCGUGCCCAAUCCCAGAGUUGGGGGCUCGAUCGACGAUACACCGGCGCCCAAUCAGUGGUAUCGCUUCAUUGUCCCCAUUUUCUUGCAUGGUGGGAUUAUUCAUAUUGGGUUCAAUCUGCUGGUGCAGAUGACCAUGGGCGCGGACAUGGAACGUAUGAUUGGCGCAUGGAGAUACGCCUUGACCUACUUUGCCAGCGGUAUCUUUGGCUACGUCUUUGGCGGAAACUACGCGGCCCCUCUGCAGCCCAGUACCGGGUGCUCCGGGGCGCUCUUUGGCAUUCUGGCGCUGUUCUUGCUUGAUUUGCUCUACGAUUGGCCUCGACGCGAGUCGCCCUGGGUUGAACUGAUCAUCAUGGUACUGGGCGUGGGGGUCUCUUUCGUGCUGGGUCUCCUACCCGGUCUCGACAAUUUCUCUCACAUUGGCGGGUUCAUCAUGGGACUGGCCAUGGGAUUGUCUAUUCUCCGGUCACCCAAUGCGUUGCGCGAGCGCAUCGGACUCGCUCGCCAGCCCUACGUGGCCAUGAGCGGAGGUGUCGGAACGGACGCCGCCGAUAAGCGCAAAACCAGCUCUGUGCUGGACUUUUUCAAGGGCAAGAAUAACAUGGUCUCUUCCGCCUCCGAGGGAGAGACCGCCACGGGACCUCUUAAAUUCUUCAAGGGCCGGAAGCCUCUCUGGUGGGCUUGGUGGCUUGUGCGAGCGGGUGCGCUGGUCGCAGUCCUGAUCGGAUUCAUUCUUUUGAUCGUCGAUUUUUAUAAAUAUCCUGCUUCCCGACACGUUGCAGUCCAUUUCGACUACCACGAACAACUAGGCGGGUCGAAGAGAGAUAUGAAGCUUGCCUUUUACAUCACGCUGACCUCGACUGGUGGCGUGUUGGAAGCAUCCUGUUAUCUUCAGAAGAAGAUCUAUAAGAACCUGUACAUAGAAGCGUGA